AUGUCUACUUUCAACAUCACUGAGGACAAGAUUUCUGUCUUUUUCCUCACUGGAAUCCCAAGAAUGGAGCAUGUGUACAUUUGGAUGUCUAUACCCAUCUGCCUCAUAUAUAUCAUUGCUGCUCUUGGCAAUUCUGCCAUCCUCAUCCUCAUCAAGACAGAACCUUCUCUCCAUGAACCCAUGUACUAUUUUCUCUCCAUGUUGGCUUUUUCUGAUCUUUGCCUAUCUUUCUCUACCUUGCCAACUAUGCUGAGAAUCUUCCUGUUCAAUGCUACAGGAAUCUCCACUGAUGCUUGCAUUGCCCAGGAGUUCUUCAUUCACACAUUCGGUGCUAUGGAGUCCUCUGUGCUUGUAAUCAUGUCUUUUGAUCAUUUUUUAGCCAUUCGCAACCCACUAAGAUAUAGCUCCAUUCUUACCAAUGUCAGAGUUAUGCAAAUCAGGUUAAUCUUUGCCAUUCUAAGUUUUAUAUUCCUACUCCCAUUACCUAUCACCUUAAGAAAGUUGAAAUAUUGCAAGGGGAACCACCUUUCUUAUUCCUUCUGUCUCCUUCAGGACAUAAUGAGACUUGCCUGCUCUGAUAGCAGGAUUAAAGUUAUCUUUGGUUUCUUUGUUGCUAUCCUAAGUAUGUUGGACUUUUUAGUUAUUGUAAUGUCUUAUGUGCUGAUUUUGAAGACAGUUUUGGGUAUUGCCUCCCAUCAGGAGCAUUUGAAGCCACUCAUCACCUGUGUGUUCCAUUUCUGUGCUGUGCUCAUCUUCUAUAUGCCAAUCAUAAGUAUGUCCAUUGCCCAUCGCUUUGCCAAACAUGGCUCCCCAAUCAUUAGGAUUCUCCUUGCUGAUAUAUUUUUGUUUGUUUCUCCACUGAUGAAUCCCAUUGUUUACUGUGUGAAAACCAGGCAGAUCUGGGAGAGGGUCCUAGGGAAGUUAAGACUAAAGAAGGCUUAG